GCGGGGCCAGAGGCGGAAGAGGAAGCGGCGGCGGCAGCAGAGUGGGCUGGGGCAGCGGGGGCUUCCCACGCUGCCGGGGCGGUUGACCCCCCCACACACACACACACACACACACCCCCGAUAGCCCCGCCCCUAGGGUAGGCCCCACCCCUGGGGAAGACCAGCCCCCCCUUUGCCCCCUAGCACAAGCCACGCCCCUACUUCCGUAUCUCCCCAGGGACCCCGCCCCCUAGCACAGACCACACCCACCCCCUUGCCAAGGCAGGCCACGCCCCCUGGGACAGACAGCCCCUCCCCUCAUUGGACCCCCCCUUCCCCUAGCCCCCUCCAUGUAGAGGAAGACCCCCCAAGACUCAGGGACCCCCCCCUCCCCCGAGGGACGGGGGUGACCCCCCCCAGGGAUCCCCCAAAAGAGGGGCAGCCAUGGCGGGGGUGUGGGGGCAGAGCCCGGCCUGGGAGCGCUGGCUGCCGCGGGGGCUGACGCUGGCCCUGGCGGGCGCGGCGGGCCUGGGGGCGCUGUCCCAGCUGGCGCGGGGCGUGGCGGGCCCCCCCGCCUGGCACCUGCCCCCCCUGCUGUUCCUGCUGGCCAACACGGCCGCCAACGCGGGGCUCUUCGUGGCCACCAGUCCCAGCACGCGGGGCGUGGUGCUGGCCGGCGCCGUGGGGCAGGGCUGGGCGUUCUGCUACAGCUGCGAGGCGCCCGUGCCCCCGCGCGGCCGGCACUGCCCCAGCUGCCGCGUGUGCGUGCUGGGCCGCGACCACCACUGCACGCUGCUGGGCCAGUGCGUGGGCCACCGCAACCGGCGCUACUUCCUGGCGCUGCUGCUCCACGGCGCCGCCGCGCUGCUCUACUGCAGCCUGCUGCACGCCCACCUGCUGCUGGGCGCCCUGCGCCAGGGCCCACCGCUGCGCGCCGCCGCGCUCCUGCUGGCACCCUGGCUGCUGCUGCUCUCCGGCCAGAGCAGCCUGUCGUCCUGCGCCCAGGCUGUGGCGGCUGACGCCUGCGUGGUCGGGUUCCUGCUGUGCGCCGGGUUCCUGCUCUUCCACGUGCUGCUGCUGCUCCGGGGCCAGACCACGGGCGAGUGGUUCGCCGGGACCAGGAGCCACGACCAGGGCUGGCGCCAGAACCUGCGGGAGGCGCUGGGCCCGUGCUGGGGCCUGGCCCUGCUCUGCCCCCUGCUCGCCUCCCCCCUGCCCGGCGACGGGGUCGUCCACGAGCGCCGCCCGGCCCCCGGCUGCUGAGGGGACUUGGGCUCCUGCCCCCUGCUUUCACCUCCGCUGCCCUGCGGGAGCUGGAGACAACCCAGGUGCCUGGGCUCCCGGUCCCCCCCAAACAGCUCACCUGUCGGGCGUUGGCAGGAGCUGUGGUUGAGCUGCUUUGGAGCCCCCCAAACCCCAAUAAAGGCCGCGGGGUGGCUGAGCUGGA